AAAUAAUGCCGGUUUAAAUUUUUUUCUAAAUUUUUCAGAUUACGUCUUUGUAAUUGACGAUUUGUUUUGAUUAAAAUGGUCAGAAUUCACAUGCUACGAAAAUUAGUCCAGUUAACUGAUUGCAGAAUAAAAUAUAUCGGAAUCAGAAACUUUUUAUCUCAAGCAUAUUUGUGUGAAGAAGCAUGGCAGAAACGUUUAGAAAGUCCUCUCCUGAGAAAUCUGGAUAUGGAUAAAUAUUUCAUAGAAGUUGACAGAAAGUUUGGAAAGAAGCUUGUUAGUGGUGUUGAUAUUGACUUGUUCGUUAAUAAUGUUCAAGAGGAAUCACAAUUAGAUGAACUGGAGCAUCUUCUGUAUAGAUUUCGUAGAACAAAACAAGCAGUUGAAAUGAUGGAUUCGACUAUUUAUGCUACGAUACGCACAUACUUAAAGUUUAAAAAUUAUGAAUCACUCUUUAGAAUUUUACAUGAUAGAGACAGCUAUGGUAUUUUUCCAGAUUUCUACUCCUACAAUAUCUUGAUGGAUACUUUUUUAAAAGAAAAACUUUAUAAAGAGGCUGCCCAAACUGCUGUUUUAAUGAUGCAGCAAGAAGAUUUUUCAAACAAUCUGAGCCGCUUACUGGGAUUAUAUUCCUGCCAAAAAUUUUUGAAUGAAUGUAGUUUAGAAAAUCUGUUACCUUUUCCAGAAGAAAAUGAAGAAGUAAAAGAAGAAAAUGAAAACGAAGAUGAGGAAGAUAUAACUUAUGUUAGAGUUCCUUUUCUGAAGAACCCAUGGUUUGAUGAUCACUUUGACAUUGUCAACCCGAAGCAUCUUUUAGGCAAGACAUUUUAUCUGAUUGGUCGGGAAAUGAAUGAUCUACUCGGUAGAACAUAUCAGAUGUUUGGUCUAGUUUUGUAUGAAAAAUACGAGAAAGCAUCAGAACUCUUGAAGACCUUAUCUGUUAAAGAAGAACCGUGUUUCCUUAGUGAAGGAGUGGAAAAAAGUAUUGAAGAAUUAAACAGUGCAUCAGCAAAUCUAGAAGACUCAAAGAAAACGCUAUGUGAUCACUUAAAAAAAAAUGUGGAGAGAUUAGCUUCAGAAAAAAGAACUGUUGACGGACUUUUGAUUCCUACUUUGGAAGCUGCCUUAAAGAACAUACAAAGCUUAGAAAAGGAAGAUAUUGAGCUGCAGCAAAAAAUGUUUCUUGAUUUUGAAAUUCAGCGGCAAAAAGCUAUGGACAAGCAACUUAAAGAAAUUGACAAACAAAAUAGACUGAAAGCAAUCGAAGAAAAAAAAGAAUAUUUGUUUUGGAAAGAAAAAUUAUUAUUUUUCUUUGAAAAUGAAGAAAAAAUAUUGGAUGAACUUAAGUCUGUAGAAGAAAUGGUUGCAUCUAUGAAAUCGAAAAAAGUUGUUGAAGAUGAAUAUAUGCCUCCUGAAAUAGUGAAAAAGAAGCCUCUGAAACCUACCAUUUACCAAAAAUUAGCAAGAGUUAAAGCGUUGUAAACUAUUUUCCUCAAUAAAUUAGUAUUGUAAUAUUUUGUUUAGUACCUUUCAGUUGGAGAAGAAGACAGGUAAUUUUGCAAAGGAAAAGUAAUAAAUAUUAUUUAUUAUUGCAAAAAAAGAAAAGAAACAAAUUAAAGACAAUUUCUACAUUUAUUAUCUGAAUUUAUACAAGUGUUAGAUAUUAAAAGAUUAUUACAUUCUAAUGGCAUGAG